GUCGGCGGCAUAAGGCGUAGAGAAGUCGAUGCGCCCGGCGCCACGCACGGUUCCAACGCGCUCCGGUUCUGGAUGACAGCUCGGCGAUAACGAGCGGAACAGUUCAGGCGGAGCUUUGAUGUUCCGCAGUGGCGCUUCGUGAUUUUUUUUGUUUUGUUUUUGUUGCUGCUGUUUUUAAUCUCUCGCUGCGAUUUCCAAGAGGAUUUUACUUCUUCAAGUUGCUUAUUUCUGUUAAUGUCACUUCGAACCUGCUGUGAUCCAUAAUGCCAGCAGACACUAUGGAAAAGCAGACGGCGUCUCCCAUCGCCGGAGCUCCUGCCAACGGAUCACACACACCGGACAAGCCAAAAAAUGCCAGCGAGCACAGAAAGUCGUCGAAGCCCAUUAUGGAAAAACGACGAAGGGCGAGAAUAAACGAAAGCCUUUCGCAGCUGAAGACCCUCAUCCUGGACGCACUUAAGAAAGAUAGCUCCAGGCACUCCAAACUGGAAAAGGCAGAUAUCCUGGAGAUGACGGUGAAGCACUUGAGGAACCUGCAGCGCAUGCAGAUGAGCGCAGCGCUCUCAGCAGAUGCGACAGUGAUGAGCAAAUACAGAGCCGGAUUCAACGAGUGCAUGAACGAGGUGACCCGCUUCCUGUCCACUUCAGAGGGAGUGAACGCCGAUGUGAGGUCGCGGCUCCUCGGCCAUCUGUCCAGCUGCAUGGGUCAGAUAAUGUCCGUGACGUACCCGCAGCAGGCUCCGUCCCAGCCGGCACACCUGGCCCAGCCCCUCCACGUGCAGCUCCCAUCCACCCUGCCCAUCAGCUCCAAGCUCAGUCCCGCAGAGGCCGUCUCUCCCAAGGUGUUCGGCGGGUUCCAGCUGGUUCCCGCGACAGACGGACAGUUCGCCUUUCUGAUCCCCAACCCGCCCUUCGCCUCCACCGCCACCACCUCCCCUGUAAUCCCCCUCUUCUCCAACGCCGGGGUGCCUAUCGCGGUGAACGCCAGUCCGGUGCACGGCAGCUCCGCGCCGACGGCGGCGUCUCCAGUGCACGGGAUGACGUCCUUCUCCGGGGUGCCCCAGGUGGUCAGUCCUGUGGGGGUGAACGCCGGAGCGGAGAGCAGUGAAGCGGUGUGGCGGCCUUGGUAGCUCAAACAAAAAAAAAAAAAAAGGGGGGGGGGUGGUGGGGGGAGAUCCAGACACUCGCAAACUUUCCCAGAUGAAAGUUCUACCUGAAACUUUUACGCAGCUGUUGCGGGGUUCAGCCUGCGACUUUUUCCUCUCCAGGAUGGCGACUUUAACCACUCAUGCCUCCCCCCCCCCCCCCCCCCCACUAGUCCUGAAUGUUUCGUUUUAUGGAACAAAUGUUGCUAAGAAAAAGAAAAAACAAACAAAAAAAAAUAGUAAAAAAAAAAAACAUCGCAUGUCUUGGUUUUUUUUCUUCUUUUAUUCUAAUUUAUUGUUAACUCCAAUAUUUGGAUGUCGGUGAUAAAGGUUCAGACAGAAGAUUUAUAGGAAGCCUUUGUUAUGAAGUACUUUUUAUGAAAAGAUUUAGUUUUGUACAGAGCUGUUAUUGAUUGUUAUACCAAAGCUGUUUUAUAUUAUGUUUUGUGUUUAAAAGAAAAAAAAACUGAAGUUGGGUGGUAACCCAGGGUUUAAAUAAAUGAGACUUUAAAAAAAAAAGAAGGGCUUCAGUUUGCUUUUGUCAUGCCUUUUUUUUAUGUCGUGCGUAAAAAUUACAUUUUGUGCGUAAAAGUCAAAGGGAUCAUAUUUCUGAUGUAAGGUCCAAAGUCUCAAGCGGCACCUUGUCAACUAGUU